AUUGGCUGGCGCGUGUCAUGUGACUUCCCGCUGAGCCCAUUUCUGCUGAAUAAUUUGUGGAAAUGAAUAAAAUAUCCAUGGAAAAAUGAUCAUCAGCAUAUUAUUGUGAUUUUCAUCGAAAGAUCAAGUUUUCAUAAUACGCUUAAAUUUGAGUUUUAAAUGACAGUUAUAUACUUUGAUAGUAUCGAAAAGAAAAGACUUCCAAACGAGCAACACGGAAUUGCAAAAGAAAUAAUUCAACGGCUUUUGGGAUGAUAAUUAUCUACAAGAUGAAUGGAUUAUUAAGUUGAAAAUAAAUUUGAAAAAGAAGAUUAACAAAAAUAAUUAACAAAGAACUUAACUUAAUUUUUUUUUAUUUGUUAUGAAAGCAGCAACAUUUUUACUGUGCUUGUUUUAAAGAAAACAAAUAAAUAAGAUAGUCUAAAAACAUUAAGUACUUUUCAAAAUGUUUCAAAACGCGAUGUCGCCGUCUCAGGUUUACCAGAGUUUGUUCCGGACUUUACCACUGGUGCCGCAGCCGGUCCCUUCUUCGUCGGCAUCGUUUUUAGUGGAGAACUUACUUCGUGAAGGACAAUCUGCACUUAUCACAAGGCCAAUGACGUCGCUACCUGCCGGCGUCGUCGGAUUGCCGGGAAUGGGAGUGUCAACAGUAUCGUCAGUUGCACGAAAUAUAGAGCAGUUAAAUACUAUGACGUCAUUAACGUCACAAUCUAACGUAGUCAGUAACGUUAACAAUGUAACGCCCUACUUGAAGUUCGGAGUUAACGCAAUACUAGGAUCUGAUAGCAGUGACUCUAAAUCUAGUCCCCCAAGACCAUUCCUAACAACAACAUCACAGAUUCAUCAUCAUCAGCAACAACAGCUUCAGCAGAGUGGGAGCCCGGUGUCAUGCCCGAAACCCUGCAGUCCCAGUCUCGGGUGUCAGUCGUGCAUUCCUAGACAACCCUCUAUAUAUGAACAUCCAUUUCACGGAAUGUUGCGACAUCCGUAUUUUGCAGGUUCACCAUUACUACCAAUGCCAAAUGCUUUCUCUUUCCUGAGUCAGAUGCGAGGCAAGCCUCGCCGAGGCAUGCUUAGGAGGGCUGUUUUCUCUGAUAUGCAAAGAAAGGGUUUGGAAAAGAUGUUUCAGAAACAGAAAUAUAUAAGCAAACCGGACAGGAAGAAAUUGGCGGCUAAACUUGGCUUGAAAGAUUCUCAGGUAAAGAUUUGGUUUCAGAACAGAAGAAUGAAAUGGCGCAAUUCAAAGGAAAGAGAACUUUUGUCGUCUGGCGGAUCACGUGACAAUACUUUACCAAAUAAAAACAAUCCUCAUCCAGAUUUGAGUGAUUUGAAUAAAAAUAGUGACGUAGAUGAACAAUCUGAGCAUGAAUUUCACACAGCGCAUGCGCAUGAGCAUAAGAUAGACUCUCCCGAGACAAGUCCUUACUCACAAGUGACAAUGAAUUCCCAAGAAAUAUUUCGCCAAAUAGGUGACGUCGAUGAUGACGUUGACUCUGUUUCCGACAGCUGUGAUGAAGAGAUUGAUGUGUCAUAGAUGUCGUAAUAAUAAAGUUGGACCCAUUUGCGACACUUCCUGCAAUAUCUAUAUGCCGUUCAAUAUUAUAUACAUUUUCUUCCAUUUUGUAUUUUGCCAUGUUAUAGAGUCUUCCAUUUUGUGAAUUAUUUUGACUGAGUAUGAGUCUUUUUACAUAACUGCCAAUGAAAUUUUUUGUCUAUACAACUCAAAGUAUUAUGAUCAUAACGUCUAACAAAAUGGCAAGUAACUGUAUUUUAUGGUCCGUUGUUCAAUUUAAGAACAGAAAUUUAUGUUUUCAUCACAUGCCAAUUUAACCCUUACCGCGCUAAAUAUCUUUACUGGACUUGGCUAUAUUUCAGUCUGGCCAAAGCCAUUUAUUGUUUAAGGUUAAGAUACCAAAAAUAAGAACUAACUGAAAAGCGAGCUGAGCAGAUCAUGAUUUGGCGGCACGGAUGUUUCGGCUGAUCUUGGUCUGCACUGGUCGCAUGGUUAAUUUCAGUUGCCGAUAGUCUUGACAAGUUACUUUUUUGAAACAUUAUCAGUUAACGCGCCUUUUGUUUCUCGGUGAAAGUCGGACUUUGCCUAAGUUAAGUGAGCACUUCCAAUUAGCAUACAAAGUAUCAAAAUUUCGCCUUUCAAUAAUUAGUGGUAACGUAACUUCUUGAAAAAAAGAAAAAUAUUUAGCUAAGCAUUCUUAUCGUUCACAAGAGAAAGUCUCGUUUAUAAUAAUAUUCAAAAUAAACAAGUCAUGGAGGUUACGUAAGGUUGGCUGAUAUUUAAAAUUUCAAAUGGACUGUU